AUGGCACCCAUCACACAGGAGAGGCAUGGCUACAGAAUCGAGAAAAAGCUCGAUGACAACACCUACGUUGUCAGGCGCGAGUCCGACAAUGAGCAGUUCCUCGGCAACAAGUGGGACGCCAGCACGGUCGAUCCGGCCUUCAAUGACCUGCUGGAGCGCGGCACCAAGGGGGCGCUCGGCAGCCUGCUGAACCACCCCAACCUGAUCAACUACACCGACACGGUGGCGGACAAUGUGGUGUGCGGACGAGGGACGACGACGACGACGGUGUCGGCGCAGCGGGUGAUUCUGUGGGACUUUUGCGACGCGGGCACGCUACAGAACCUCCUCAAACAGCACCCGGUGGUGCCCAAGACGGCGGCGCCGGACAGCCAGGUGGUGACGCAGUUCCUGCCUGAGGGCCUGUGCUGGCACGUCUUGCUGAGCGUCCUGAGGGCGCUGUCGUGGCUGCACGAGGGCCACCGCGACGACACGCGGAUCGAGGCGCCGAGCGGGCGGCGGCGGCAGCACGACUGGUUCUCGGACCCGGACUGGCUGCCGAUCCUGCACAGGGACAUCCGGCCCGACAACAUCUUCUUCCAGCACCCCAAGGGCACCGAGACGUACGGGCUCUGCAAGCUGGGCAACUACAGCUCGUGCGCCGUGUCGGGCCACGUCAACAGCAACUUUGUCGGGCAGGUGGUCAGCGCCACCAGGGGCGACGAGAGCCUGAACACGAUGCGCGCACACCUGUACACGCAAGACCUGUCCACCGUCAACGAGUCGGGCGAGCAGAACCAGCGGCCGUACACCAAGGCCACGGAGCUCUUCCAGCUGGGGCGGAUUGUGUACCAGAUGAUGUCGACAAGGCCUGUGCCGGACCCGGACGACAAACGCGGGCCGACGUUCGACCCGCAAGGCGACAUCAACCCACUGCUAUACUCGGACUGCCUGAAGAACACGGUGCGAAGGCUGCUGUCGAGCUACCGCGGGACGUGCAACAGCGCCGACGAUCUCACGUCGACCGUCUACUCCGGGGCGCGGGGGGCAUACCUGGGCUGGAAGGCCGGCACGGACGACGGGAAGCUGCACCGCGACCUCGUGGACGACGGCUGGCGGCGGCAGGUCAACGCCGACGAGAGGAUCCGGCGAGACGAGGAGCUGCUGGCGGCCCAGCGCCAGCUGAGCUCCCACCGCUGGACCAUGGAGCAUCUGGAGCCGCAGCCCAGGGAGGCGGUGCCCGCUGUUCUCCCGCCGCCGUUCCCUGCGGUACCUUACGGGCAGAAGUGA